AUGGCGGAUCUGGUUCAAUUGGAUUAUGAAGGCAAAAGUGUGGGAUUGACACCAAUGAAUCUUAGCAAAACAACAAUUGCUCGAUUUUUUAGGGUGCAUGAAGACGGUUUGCACCUUAAAAUCGUGAAAAACGGCAAGUGCGAAAAUGUAUGGCCGCUAUCGAACGGCAAGUUUUUAUUGCCAACGGGAACAAAAAGUGCACAUGUGGUUGCCUUUCCUGCUGAAGAUCAAGAUUUACAAGAGGAGGAGGAUGAUGAUUUUCAGGGAACAUUUGGUGCCCGGUACGUAUGCACGUUCUUUUGUGUUUGCGAUUUAUUUUUUUCUUCAAUGUUUUAUUUCGGUACUUUAUAAAGAACGAAAUAUUUUAAAAGCGCGAUUUACAUUUCACUUUCUUAUUUUUACAAUCAUAAGAGCAACUUCGCAUCCAAUUCCUCGCCCAUCAAUUAGUGGCCGCAGCCGAGUUCUUAGCCCACCAGUAACUAGUGCUGGGUUUGGGAAACGACCAGCCCCUGGUUUCUCGUUUAUCAAGUCUAAGAAGAAGAAGCAGAUGAACUUGGUGAAGGACUUCACGUUUUCUUCUCUGGACGAAGAAGGACAAAUGGUCAUGCUAUUUCCAAUCUCGAUCAACCUAACUGAACUCCUCGAAAGGUUCGGGCAACUGUCGGUCUCUAUUGUCUGCAGUGCUAUUGAGCAGGAACUUCGAGACCAAGGAGAAGUCGUGAGACUUGUAGUUCUUGACGCUCGGGGGCAGCCGAUUAUGGAUUCCUCCCAUACAAGAAGUAAGCUGUUAUAUUCUGUUUAUUCAUUCUUCGUUCUGCGAUCCUAUCAAGUUUUUGUUUUUCGGAAAAAGAAACCGUAGGCAUUUUCGUACUACUUGCCUGCAAUGAAUCAGUCAGUUCCAAGCACCGUUACCCCCAAAAUUUUUCAAGCACUCGUCAGCAGGAUAUGUGAGUUCACAGAGUGGGAUGUGUACCCAGGAGAGGGUAUUCGUGUUGUUAAAUUUCAUAUUUUGCAUUUCCUUUGAAAAGAGAAAUAUAUAUGGUAUAGUAGAGAAGUACAUGUAGAGAUGCUUAGUUCUAAACUUCUGGUUUUAUUAUAUUUUUUUCACCUUUAUGGCUUCAUUCAUUUAUGACACAGGUUUGCCAUGGAGCUUCUUCCUAGAAAACAUUGUUUUCUAGAAGAAUCAAACGAAGAAUCAAACCUUUCACAGAAAACAUUUUGUUUCAUUGUUGCCAGGGUGGGGCAAUAAGACAUACUGGUAUGCCCAUAUAUAUAUAUAUAUUUUUUGUAUGAACCUGCUUGCUCCCCACCCCAUGUUUACAGCUUCCUUUAGAAAAAAAGGACAAAUACCUGAUUUAAAAGUAAUACUUCACCAUAUUUUACUUCGUAGAAGAGGAAUUUUGGGCAUCACAACGAACAUUUAGAGCCAUGUCCCAACAAACUUUUCGAAAAUGGAAGCCAGGGGUGUGGGCUGCAUUGAGUACAGGACUCUACACUCUGGAGGAUGAGGAGGUGCCAGAG